GGUACAUUGCGCAAGAUGAGUAGGAAAGGCGCCCAACCCUGGGGAGGAAAUUGCAACACUGAACUUCUUAGAUGUUCCUGUGAGUAUGGAGAAGUGGUGAGUGUGUGUCGGGGAGAUGACUUCUGCUGGAAACCGAGUGUUUACACCUUCUUCACAGUGCAUUUAUGGACGGGUUCGUGCUCCUGUACGUUUAUAAAACUCUCUCUCUCCAGAAACUGGGAACGAAACAGCGGCAGAAACAUCUGGAAUAUCAGAGACAUGGCUGUGGGAUUUAUUGCUCUGUUGACUUUGGCUUGGACCUUCAGUGUUGGUGCAGCAUCACAGAAUGAAACUGCAGGUGCAGGUGUAUGUAUAGACUACGGAAUAACAUUUGAUCGUGUGUUUGCAGUCCCAAAUGAGGCGGCAUUAUUAGACUGUGAAUUUGUGAAGUACUUUUUAGAUUUUUCAAACACCCCCUACAAUGUGACAUGGUACGACCAGAGAACUGGCCUGGAGUUCACAGGAGAAGAGAACCAUAUUGUACUACAUGGAGCUUCGCUGUUGUUCCUCAACAUCAGCAUGGAACACCAGGGCCACUACUUAUGCUUCGUCAGAACUCCAGAGCAGUGCUACAAGCAGGUAAGGGUUGUUGUGGUAGAAGAGGCAAGGUUUGGAACAUGUCGCCGUCCUCAGGUAGCAGUGCAGCGACUGCAGAAUCGCGUGAGCGACAACCUGCGUUGUCCUUUAACUGACUACAUCAGCAUAGUGAACAGCUACUCCAUACGCUGGUACAAGGGCUGUGAGCUUCUUCAGGAAGGGUCUAAGUUCAACUUCGCUGAGAAUAACCUCUUUCUCCACAUCCAUAGCAUUUCUCCCAAUGAUACUGGCAUUUAUACCUGCAGGAUGACCUUUAACCUCACUGGAGUCAUCAGUGUCGUUGCAGAGAGCAUCGAGUGUGAGGUUUUCGAGAGCAGAUCAAAAAGACCUCAAAUGCUGGCGCCCACUUAUGAGUCCAUGAAAGUAUCUGUAGGUUCUCCCAUUAACAAGACAUGUCAUGUGUUUGUACCUGGCAAGGGAGUUUAUAUGCCAAUAGUAAUCUGGGAUUUUAAUGGCAAUGACAUCUCCCUAAACACCUCUGAACGCAUCCACCAGGGACCUCAAAAUGACCUCCAGGUGGCUGAGGGUUUGUGGGUGGAGCGCAGCUUGUUGGUGUCUCAGGUACUGCCAGGUGAUUUGAACCUGAACUUCACCUGCACGGCCAUGACCCACAGAGGAGUUGCCACUGGCUACUUUACAGUCCAGCCUGCAGAUCCUAAUCUGCUGAUGCCAAUUGGACUCCUGGCCACCACACUGGCUCUUCUUUUCAUCAUGGGACUUCUCCUGUACAGAGUGUUUAAAGUGGAACUUGCUCUGCUCUUCCGUACCCUGUUUCCUUUCUUUUAUACAAGCACAGAUGGUGAUGGGAAACUGUAUGAUGCCUAUGUUGUGUAUCCCCGAGUUCAAGGGGACACAUUGAGUGAAGCGGUUGAGGCUUUUGCUGUGAAGACACUGCCACAGGUUCUGGAGGGAUGCUAUGGGUACCGGCUCUUCAUCCUGGGUCGGGACAGUCUACCUGGACAAGCUAUGGUAGAUAUGGUGGAGGAGACGAUGAAUGUCUGUCGUCGAAUGUUGCUGCUAUACACCAGCUUGUCUCUGAGCAGGGCAGAGGGUUCAUCAUGGUUCGAGCAGCAGGCAGGCCUCCGUCGCGCCUUACUAGAUGACUCGCUGUCGGUUUUGCUGCUGGAGAUGGAGCAGCUCAGCGAUCCUUCCAUCCUCCCUGAGUCACUGCGUCUCCUGCGGGAUAAGCAGGGGGCUCUGCAGGCCUGGAAGAAGCGGAAGAGGUGGACGUGCACAAGGAUGGAGGAAGGUGGAGAGGAUGAGAUAUCACUCCCUUCGUUUACUUUGUCUGCUCGUUUCUGGAGGAAAGUGCGCUACCACAUGCCAGUGAGAGGCAAAGUCAAGCAUCACUUGAAGAGAAAAUUGCUCCUGAACUUGUGAAUUGGGAUUUGACUCAGGAAUUGUUGUUGCUAAGUUCCACCAAGAAACAGGGCUCAGGUCUGAGUCGUUAAAGUGUGCAUUCGAAGGAUGGAGUGCUCACAGAACCUCAAUGCUCUCUGACUGCUCUGACUGAAGGAACAGUGAGGCCACUCACAAAUAACAUUCGCCUGGUGAAAAAAAGCCUUGUAUGGGAAAGGAUGCAAGAUCACAGAGAAUCUUUGGCUUUAACUCUGGGAUCAUCUGUGAACUUUAACCUCACCUUCUGGUGAACCUUGGAAGCACAACCUAAAUUUAACAAGUGGCUAGACAGAGGUUUCUUAUUGAAAUCAAUCUAGCAGGCAAGGAAUAAAUAAAACAAACACACCAAAAUGUCCAAACUGUUAAUUUAUGAGUAGCACAAUCACAAUCAGCCAACUCGUAUUUUUAUGUCACUUGGCGCUCACAUUUGCAAAAAUCCUAAUUAGCUAGCUAGCUGAUGUUAGCAGAUGUUUUGCUCCACUCUGGUGAGGAAAAUAGGACUGGUGUAAUUCCUUGAGGGUUAUGCUGACAAAAAGUUCUGUGAGCAGUAUUUAUUGGAUGAACUCUGGGUAUGAUCAUGCUGAUUUGUGCCACUGGUUUUUCCCACUGUAGCAUCUCAUGAAUUAUAAGUGAUCUUUGUAGAGUCAUCAGAAGUAAAUGUAAAUCACUGUGUAUAUUAUUGUGUAAAUAAUCUCAGGGAGGUGCGAAAAAUGCAUGCACGUACACACACACACACACACACACACACGCACACAGUACAUAGAAUUAAAUAAGUGGACAGAAAUCCCCCACAGUAGUCCAUGUCUGUAGCUGUGAUGUUUUGUAAAGUUUGGUACAUGCUGUUUGUUGCAUUCUUUUGUGAAAAUGUUACUUAGAGAACUGAUCUAGUUUCAUCAAAGGGCACAGGCGAUUUUAUACUUUCCAAACAGGGGAUGAAGUAGCUACAAAUAAUUUCCAUAUAAAUUGUAUCACUGGUACUUUUCAUGCAUUUAUAUUCAGACACCACCAGCACAUUAUACUAAAGACAACCUAAUUAAGAGGUCAGUCAGUCUACAUAUUACCGCGUGUCGAGAUUGUAAGAUUAUAAAUUGUAGAUUGUAAAAAUGUAAAGCAAAAACUUUCUUAAUGUCAGCUCAGUAAGAUUGAAAAUGUCUGCUUUUGCUUUUAAAUGAUAAAGCAGUAGGAAAGAUACAUCAAAUGUUCAACAACAAAAAAAGGAAAAUUAAAACUUUUUCUAAAGCAGAAUUCAGUUUAUCACAGAACAACUUGUACUAUAAUGGUGUACUCUUUGACUCAGAGAAUAUGAAUGUGUCCUGCAAAUAAAGUUUUCAUGUCACACUUUGGUCAGCCCUGCGAUAACCUGGCGACUUGUCCAGGGUGUACCCUGCCUUUCGCCCAUAGUCAGCUGAGAUAGGCUCCAGCUUGCCUGUGACCCUGUAGAACAGGAUAAGCGGCUACAGAUAAUGGAUGGAUGGAUGGAUGUCACACUUUGGUAAAUAUACUUUGGCUGAUGUAUUUGUUGAUUUUGCAGUACUACUGUAUAUUAAAACAUAUGCUGCAUUUAUAUUGGUCUUACCAUGUGAUACCAAUAUGACUGUAUUUCAAUAAAUCAUCCCCAUCCCA